CUCGAUUUAGAUCUUAAGUUAAUCGGCGGCGGAUAGUCAAGUCGAUGGUAGCACCUCAAAGACUCAUUCAUAACUGAACAUUAGUACUGAACACACGGGCUCUUGAGAAAAGAUAUAAAUCUUUCGAAAUAAAAUAAAGUUUGAAAUAAAGCGCCUUUUUUAAGAAAAAAGGAGUUUAUUUAAUAUUUCGAAGAGUGAUUGAAUAUAAAUGAAGAACAAUUGAGACUUUAUUAAAAAGUUUAAUAUUUUACAUCGUCAAGUGGUAAAUGUUUGAUAUUAUUUGAAAAGGAAAGAUUGCAGCCGUUACGGAUAUCUGGGUCGGUGCAGUUUGAAAAUAAUAUCGAUUGUUUGUCUUGUGACAAAUAUUUGAAUGUUAAGUGCUUGUUUAUAAGAAGACGUUCUGCUUCUCUUUUGGAUAUAGAAGAACAUUUUAAAGUGAAAGUAUCUGAAAUUUGAAUAUUAUCAUAAUAACGAUUUUGCAAUCCUAUCGAACAACUGAUGUGAUAUUGAUAUUAUAUAAUUUUGGUGAUUCAUUUAACAUAAGUCUACUUAAUAUAUUAUUAACGAGGCAUAAAAAAAAAUAAAAUUGACUGAAUCUGUGAACUAUUUGUGGUAAAAGAAUAAAUUAAAAUUAAUAUUUAUUUAUGAAGAAUUAGUACAGUUUUAUUAGUUUAGUGAUUUUUGUUCAGUUAGUAUUUAGUUAUUCAUAAUCAAAAUGAAAGAACUACCGAAUAUGUUUGCGCGACGGUACAGUGCAGUAAGUCAAAAAGAUGAUUGUGUUGCAUUAGAUCAGAAUUGGCAAAGUAAAAGAUAUCACCCGAGAAAAAGUCUUACGCAAAGUUUCGCUAUUGUAGAUUCAUUUUUCAGUGAACGUAAGACUGGAAAGAGGACAAGAUGGCCUAAAUGCACAUUUCUGCUGAUGGCUGGUGGUCUUUUAGCAAUUGCGGCUGCAAUUUUAAUCAAAAUUUUCCAACCCUACGAUUUGAUAUUUAGAUGGAAAUUAAUCUUUGAAGAAGGCGGCGAAAUUUUUAAUCUUUGGGAAAAACCACCAGUAGAUCUUUAUGUUAAAAUCUAUCUUUUCAACAUCACAAAUGCAGAUGCCUUCAUGGAGGGACGUGAAAAUUUACGCGUGGAAGAAGUCGGACCGUAUGUUUACAAGGAAAUCCUUCAGCACGGUGAUGUCGUAUUCAACGACAACAAUACAAUAUCAACUAGACCGAGACAUCCUCUCGUUUUCGAUCAGGAACUAUCUGGUGAACGACGAGAGGAUGAUCUAUUGAUGAUGGUGAACAUUGCACUUCUGAGUAUAGCCCAAGUUGCAGCUGACAAAUCAUAUUUCGUUAGGCUUCCAGUUAACAUAUUGAUCCGACAGACAAAGAGUUUGCCAAUAGUUCGGAUGACUGCUCACGAGUUCAUGUUUGGCUAUGAAACACAACUUACAACGCUUGGAAAUACCUUUCUGCCGGAUUGGAUUAUAUUUGAUAAAGUUGGAUUGAUUGAUCGGAUGUAUGACUUCAACAGUGACUACGAAACAUUCUACACUGGUGCUGAUAACCCUAGCAUUUCCGGCUUGUACGCAACCUAUCGCGGAUCAAAAGACCUUCCUCAAUGGAGUGGUGAUGAACAUUGUUCCAAUAUCCAGAUGGCUUCAGAUGGAACGAAAUUCAAGAGUUUUAUGCAACCAAAUGAGACCGCUCUAUUCUUCAGAAAGAGUAUGUGCCGUGCUCAAAAACUGAUUCCCACUGGUGAAGAGCAAGUCGUAUCUGGUUUGCAAGCAUAUAGGUUUGUUUUUGAAGAAAACGCUCUGGAUAAUGGUUACUACAACGAGAAAAAUAAAUGCUUCUGCAGAAAAGGAUACUGCCAACCUCGUGGACUUUCAGAUGUUACCGAUUGUUACUAUGGAUUCCCAAUUUCUCUAAGUUAUCCACACUUCUUAGACUCUGAUCCAAAAUUAUUAGAAGCGGUCCAUGGUUUGAAACCAAAUCGAUCGAAACAUGAGUCACACUUCAUGAUCAAUCCGACAUCAGGACUUCCUCUUUCGUGCUCCGUGAGAUUUCAAAUCAACAUGCACAUGAGAGACAUUCGAUCGAUGGCCCACGUUGAACGAUUCAGCGAUAUGACGUUGCCCAUGUUAUGGUUUGAAAUUGCCAUGCGCGAGCUCCCAAAACCAUUAGAGAGCCGAUUCAACCUCUACCUUAAUAUCCUCCCGUACAUCGAACCUGUCGGGUUUUGGGGUGGACUUGUCGUGGGAGCACUCUGUCUUAUUUUCGCUAUAGUUCAAGCCGUUGUGAAGCUACCGCAAUUCCUCUCGUCAUCGCAGAAACAAUAUAGCAACAAUAGCAGAUUCGAAAAGUCUACGUUCAGAUCCAGUAUAUAUCAGCCAUGCGAGAUGAAACUUAUGGAAGCCAAGGACAAAUAUACAACGAAACCCCAACAUGGGGAUGAUGAGAUUAUGAUUUGUAGCAUCGAUAUUAGCGGAGAGGAUAAUCAUGUAAUGGACCAAGUAACAUCGAACUCGGAUGAUGGAAAUGAGAGUACUUCGAGCCAACAUUAUGCUAAUUUGUCGGAGGAUAGCGGAAGUCAGAAUAGUGGUGAAAAUAAGAACUAUCAGAAGGAAAGCUAUAACAACGACUCAUAUGAAAGAUCCCGACUGGAUUCCACCGAAGAGAAAGGAAGCUGGCUGAUGGGAGAAGCAUCUUCAUCGGUAGAUGAUAUCGGUACUGAUCAGUUCUCAUCAUUGAUAAACUCAGACGAUGACGAUUAUGAUAGCGAAGACAAGGAAGAGCAUACAAACGAAGCGUCCAUUGUGUAACCACCACCACAUGCCGUGCAAAUUAAUCAAUGGUUUCUAAAGGAAUAAAACCCUUGGCCAAGACUGUAUGCAUGCGAAGCUUAUGAUUAAGACUAAUAUAAGGGUGAGACUCAGCACUAAGCAGCGUGAUAUAGGAUAUUAUGACAAAUCCCGAUCAAAUUUCCAAAUCAACUCAACAUCGAUCUACAACUGUGUAGAGGAAAUUAUUGUCAUUUGCUUGUGAAUUUUACACCGUAGAUAGGCAAAUUUUGUAAAAAGUAUACUCACGAAGCUAAAGAGGUUCCAAAGUAGUAGUUUUAAGAUACUCAAAAGGUUUCGGAAGCAUUACAUAUCAAUCAUUUUUACAUAAAGUUUCUGGCUUAAGUCUUUUGUUUUUCCCCAAGUCUUUUGGUUCGGAAUUUUGAUUGCCCAGUGAUAUUGCAAUCAAAAUUUAGUAAGUGAAAGAUGCAUAUAUUUGCUUUUCAUUAUAGUAUAUAUAAAAUGGCUUAUAAUUCGAUUUAAUGCACCACAAAAUAUAAUUAGCAAUAGAAAGAAUUUUAUAAAAGCCAGAAGCAAUAAAAAAUCCACAACGCAAAAUAAUUCAAAAAAAAAACAUUUUAAAAUUCCAUUUCAAAGACUCAUCUGCACUUACCUCCAUGAGGUAGAGAAAACCGCUUGAUAAAUAUCAUAAUAAAGUAGUGAUAUAAGCCUUCUCUUUAAGGGUUUCAUAUGUUUAUCGUUUAGAGGGGGAUGCAUUUGGAAGGAGAAGUAUCGCAUGUGCCUAAGUUUUGACUAAUUCUUUGGUAUAUUUGGAAGCCUGUAAAACAUAUUUCUUGAAUCGAUUCUGUGAUUUGUAGCAAUUCAAUAUAUUUUAGUGUAAUAUUAAUCGCUUUGUGAGUAAAAAAAGUGCCUUAAAUGGAAUUCCUGUGCUAUAAUCUUGCCAAUUAGAGUUGUAUUUUAGAUUUGUACAUAUCCAUGUUUAUUUUUAUCGUAAAUCUUAUGCAUUCAUGAUGCUAAAAUAUUCAAAGGAAUAAUUGUAAGGUUGAAAUUUUUUAUGCGAAGAUAAAUAAUAAAGUAUUAUCGAUACA